UUAAAAAAAGUCCAAUGACAUUUGUGACUUUGCUGUCUUCAAGGUACAGCGAUGACUUGCGCGGCAUAUUUUAUAAAGCUUUUCUUCGAAGCAGAAGCUCACCCUACAAACGAUGGUGGCUCGAAGUUGGCCAGUCAGUGAAAAGCAUUCGUUAGAGACACUCGUAACGUUUAUUGCAUCUAUCGGUUGUUGUGUUUUUUAACAAUUUUUAUAUUCUUAUAUCGAUAUUAAUUAAUUCAUUAAUUUUUUAAGAUCAAUUAAAUGAAGUGAAAAGUUUAGUUUGAUGAAGGACGAUCGGUAUUUGAAUUUUUUAAACUGGCGGGAAAUUUAAAGUCCUCGUAAUAUCGGUGUUAUGUUGAACAUCAGAAAAAUAUUAAUAUUUAGAUAAUGUAAAAGAAAUUUAUUUUAUCUUACCAGAGGACAAAAAUCAUUUAAACUACUACAUUGACUUAAGAUCUUCAGAACGUAAAAUUAGUAUAUUUACCAAAGAUUGAGCAAAUGAUAGACGAAAAUCUCAAAUUUGAUGAUGUGGGCAAAGAAAAACAAGAAUUGGUGAUGAGCGAUGCAUGCGGAUUUCUUAACAGUGAUAAAUCUUCGAAGCAACGUUUACAGGUUUAAAUGUCUAGUUAGUCGUUUGCGAUGGAAGAAAUCGUUGAUCAACUAUGAAGGUAGAUGGUUCUGCAAAAAAAAUGACAUAUGUAGUAGGUGUCAAAAAGAUUUGACAAGAGAGAAAAAGAGAGAGAAGGAGAAAAAGAAGACAAACAUGAAUUCGUCCUACCGAUGGGGGAAGAACGAAUAUGGCAGCAAAUAUCAUUUUUCUUAUUAUAGUCAGUUUGGUGAAAGGAACGAAGCAGUUGCUGUGGAGGUGACAGUACUUCUCAUUACGUUCAUCGCAGCGAUCAUUGUCAAUGUUGGGAUGGCCGUUUGUGUGCUCAGGUACAAAGAGAUUAGAACGCCCACGAACUUGUGUCUGGUGAACUUGGCUGCAGCGGAUCUACUGUUUGCUCUUGGUAUCCCAGUGGUUGCUUACACCAGAUUGACGCAAUCUUGGGAACUCGGUGACGCAGUUUGCGCAUUAUUACCAUAUUCCGAGUAUGUAUGUGGCUUCGUACUUUUAUGGACGCUCACAGUUAUAUCAAUAGACAGACACAAAUGUUUAGCAGUUGCACCAUAUAGAAGCAUCCUAACUAAUCAGAGAGUGCUCUUUAUUUGUUUAACAACAUGGAUCGUCGCUUUUUUUGUCUUUCUUCCUGUUGCAGUUUGGUUCAGGCCACGGGCGGUCUCGGGUGGUGUUACAAUAUGUACUCUUGUCUUCCCUCAGAAAUCAGUGGUGAAAAUAUCACUUAUUUUUACCAUAGUAACACUUACGUUUACUUGUCUGUUACCAAUGAGUCUUUUGGUGUAUCACUAUCAACAGAUAUUUAAAAAAAUCCUUAAUACCCGAGAUAGAUGGGCCGUACCUUGUGUAGCUCAGGACUUGACCACUGGUAAAGGAAACAGGAGAGACUCGGAAUUAUCGGUGGUAGGGUCGUUAAUACCAUGGGUUGGAAGAAAAUUAUCUACAUCAUCAGUUGUUGAACGUACUGGUAGAACUGGUAGUAUGUCGCAACACGAGGAAGUCCGUCUUCACAAGCAUAUACGCGUCAUGCGGAUUUUACUAUUAAAUGUAGUCGCCGUUUUAGUUAUGUGGUUGCCGAUAACGAUCAUCGCUUUGUUGCUUUUCAUUGAUGCUCAAAGACCACCUGAACAAACUGAUUUUUUUAUGAGAUCGCAUCAUUUCAUUUGGGCACUUAUUACAGCUCAAUUGAAUACAGUGGUCAAUCCUAUUCUUUAUGGUAUAUUCUCAGAAAACUUUAGACUCUGUGUUACCAAAAUUCUACAACGUUGUUCUAAUAAAAAUGAUGAAAAAGAAGAUCGUAGUGCUAAUGGUUCGAAGAAAAGUGUUAAAUCAUUGGAUAUACUUCAAGACCGACUUGGUGGUCCCAGAAUACACAAUAGUUUUAGAAAUUCAGUGAAACAACCAAAGAGUUCCAGUUGCAGUAUUGGAAGUAUAAUAGAAAUGCCCAGUUCUGAAAAAAUUUAAAUUAUUUUAUUAUAUUUAUUAAUAAGUUUAUUUGUUUUCUUAUGGAUAAAUGAUAUUGUACUUUAAUUAUAUAGACAAUUUUAUAAACUUUUUUAAAAAAUUGUGAUAGUGAUAACAUACACAUUUUAUGUUAUGAAAUUAUUACUUACAUUUUUUAAUUAAAAGUCACAUAUUUCUUUUCUUAUCUUCUUUUUGAUUUCUGAUAAUUUCUUCAUAGUUAAGUUUUCUGUCAACAUUAAAUUCCUUAUAAGAUUUAUUUUAGCAUUUAUAAAAUUUGUUUUGUCUCUCUUGACCUGCUUUUCUUUUAGCUUCUUUUUCCUAUCUAUAAUUGGAUCUGUUACAAAAUCCUUUAUAAGAAACCAUGGUUGUUCUUCAUUUAUGAUUGUUACUAAAUCCAUUCUGAUUUGUAAAGAAUUAAGUAAUUUUUUUAUUGCUAUAGGUAAAUCAAUUGAGGUUUCAUUAUUUGCUAUUUCUUUGAUAGAGAAAGUUGUUUCAUAAUUGGAUACCAAAGAGCAAACAAUAUAAACAUUUUUUGGUAAAUUUUCUUGAAAAUCCAUAUUAAGAAAUAAUUGUUUUGCUAUUCUAUAUACUGUCAUUUUAGGGUACAUUUGUAUUUUCUUCUUGCAAGCAUAAAGAUUUAUUCUAUAAAGUUUAUCUUCUUCGGUAAGAAGUAUUUUAUUCCAUAAUUCUAAUUCUUUUGCUUUUUCAUAAAUUUGUUCAACAAUUAAAUCUGUAUCUUUCAACAUAUCUCUAUGAAGAUCUAUAAAAUCAUCUUUGGAAAUUUCUUCAUUUACAUAAUUUUCUAUUACAUUAAUGGAUAAUUCAUGAAGUUCUUUUGUUUUAGUUAGACCUACAAAUUUAUCUUCUUUAUAAUAUUGUAUACAGACAAAACUUUUUUCUUCUGUUUUUACUUUCUUAUAUAUUUCAGUAGAAAGUGUCAUUGUCAUGUAAUAUAAUUUGGAUUCAUCAGAAUAAACAAUCCAUAUUUUAUCAUUAUGCUGCUGAUUAAGUCCUGUGCAAAGAGUUUUAACAUCUACUCCUAAAUAAAUUUUUUUAUAACAUAAUAUAUUAUUUUUUGAAUGCACAACAAUAAUUGCAUCUGUAUUUGUUAUAAGUAUUAAUCCAUUAAUCUUAUUAUCAUUCUGUAUAGGUACAAUGUUCAUUAUUUUAUUAUCACAACUAUAAAUUAAAUGAAUUACUUCUUUUGUUAAAGUAAAUAACUUUUUACCAUUACCAAUCAAACAUAGAUUAUCUAACAUAUUAACUUCAUCUAAUAAUAUGUUUCUAAAUUCAUGUUCUAAAUUUUCCAUAUUCAAAGGAAAAGUACAUAAUUCUUCUAUCUGUUUUGACAUGGGUGGCAGAUGGAGUAACAAUUUACUUAAUUUCUUCUGUUUAUUUUCCAAAUAUAAGCAAUCAUCCUUUGUCUUCAGUAUCUCAAAAAAUAUAGAACCAAUACUUAUAGCGCUUUUGCUUAAUACACUGAAUCUUCCAUCUCUUGAAAGUUUAUAUAUACCAUGUGGUAAACAUGUAAAGAAAACUCUAUUGGAAAAACAUUGUAUAACUUUUAUGUAUCCUGGUGCAAUAAAAACUGGCAGCAAAGAUGUA